AUGUUACCAGCAGUAUUCAAAUUAUGCUGUGGCAUCUCGUAUCAGCAUUUCAGGACCAUGGCAGGAUUGAAGAAAACUGCAGUGGUUACAAUAGCCCGGGAACUGAGAAGAAUGAAAACAGAAGAAAAAGUUCUGCCAAGCAUGAUUAAUACACUACCUCAGAAAGAAAACUUCCACGAAGCUAUGAGGGUAGAAGAUGAAAAGUGGAAAAUAAAUAGCAUUUCGAACACAGAAGAAUUGUCGUAUGUUAAGCAAGGGGAAGAAGCUUUACUAAAAGCACGAGAGAUCUUAAAACAGGAGGCUGGAUGGACAACAGAAAUCAAAAUGAAGAAUGGUGAUAAUGUUGCAAGCAAGUUUCUACCUGCAACUGGAAAGGUUUUCAAGUUGGAGGUGGUAUUGAAUGCAACUGUGGAACAUGUGUAUUCAGAGCUUCAUGAAAAAGUGGAUCAAAUGAGCGCAUGGAAUCCAAGUGUUAAGCAUAUACAAAUCCUUCAAAAAAUUGGUGAUAAAACCAUAGUAACUCAUGAAAUCAUGGGAGAGACGGCUGGAAACAUCAUCGGACAGAGAGACUUUGUGAGUGUAAGAUACUGCAGGAAAGAAGGAUUAUGUUGUUAUUUGGCUGGAAUAGCUACAAAAUCCAAGUUGAUGCCACCACAGAAAGGCUUCACUAGAGCUGAAAUUGGACCAUCCUGUAUAAUAUUAUGUCCUGUGAACAACAACAAGAAAAAGACCCGAUUUACUUGGCUUCUCAGCAUGGACCUUAAGGGCUGGCUUCCAAAAGCCCUUAUCAACCAAGUUCUGUCACGGGCACAAAUGGAUUUUGCAAAACACUUACGCUUGCAGCUCUCUGCCAAUUCGACAUCCAGCUGAACUUGUUAGGAGGAACAAGAGAAGUAAAGUUAGAAAUGGAAUCACAAAGGACCACCAUACAGCUGUUUGUUGCAACUUAACAGUCGACCAAAGAAAUCAUAUGGCAAUGAAUUGCAGCUUUGAUACCAGAUAUUA